AUGCGCUUCACAGUGAUCGUCGGUCUCUUCUUUGCUUUCGGCACUGGCGAUUCUGAAAAUCAGCGAGUGUCAUCGCCGCAGACAUCACCACAGUCAGAUGCUGCCGCCGCGGUCGCUCGCUUGACUGUGCAAAAACCUGAGCUGCAACAUGUCGCUCUGCUCUUCCGGCACACAGUUCGAGCGCCACGAGUGUUUCCACCGAAUGAUUCCCUGCUCAGACCUGACUUAUUCCCGCGUGGAGUGGAGCGGAGCACACGAGAAGGGCUCCUAGCGACGCGGAACACCACUCUCGUGUGGAGAGAAUGGUACAAGGAUUUUCUGACGGGUGAUCCCAAUGAGGUGUACGCCAGGAGCUCUCAAGCUGAUCGGUGCCACGAAACUCUCGCCAUGGUCCUGGACACAUGGUAUCCUUCGCCAGAUGAUCUGCCGCUCAGCCAGGUAGCGAUUCGAAUGCCACCCCGAGGUCAUGACAAAUAUGUCGAGAAUUGCGGGAACAUGCGCUACAUCACUCGGGACUACGACCCCGAGUUCCCAGUCGCAGACGCUAUUUACGCCGAAGAGGGCUUCCGGACCGUGGGAGAUUACGUGAAUUUUCUCCGAACGCGGACUCAGCUCCAGAACGAGAGCGUGAACUUCUUCUACAUGGCCUACAUGGAAGGUUUCCUAUCGCUCGACUACGAAUAUAAUUUCACGCGGCGAGACCAUUGGAUGUUCAAUUACCCCAAGACGAGGGAAUUCGCCAGGCUCUAUCUGCUCAAUAACAGCAUCAACGUUAUGGCUCCCUACUACGCACACUAUCUGAUGGAAGGCAUCUCAAAUGAGCUCGAGAAAGCCGCGAAUGGGAUAUCUCGAAUCAAGCUCUCCCUGUUUUCAUUCCAUGACUUGAACCUUCUCUCGGUGCUCCGGGCUCUAGGCCACAACGAUUUGGCGACCGACCCACUGGCGGCUGUGGCUCUUGAACUCUGGAAGAAUCGGAGCGGCUACCGAGUGGCGCUCCGCGUUAGCGAGGGUAUUACCACAGAAUGGAAAUACAGACCGGGCAGAUAUAUAGAUAUCUACAACGGUACCGAAAAAGUCGACGAACUCUCAGAAAUCCUCUAUCUGAUGAGGAAUUUCUUUCGAUCACAGCUGAACGUAACGGAUUGCGGCUAUUUCGGCUCAGAUGCGAAGAUUUGA